GAUGAACCGCGCUGGCGCGCUUCAUUCUGGGUCAUUCUGGGCGGGACGCAUCGCGAAUUUCAUUAACUUGCCAAGUCACGUGUGACAUUCUCGUUCUUAAUUAACGCACUUUAUAGUACAAAGAGCCCGGGAGAGAGCUCCGCCCCCCCUUCCUCCCUCGCACGGGAGCCCUGCUUGCUUUGCGAGAGAUAUCGGUUUUUGUGGUUACACAUAUGAUUUCCCGGGGAAACGUUAACACCUCGCCGUGUGAAAGUCAUGUCAGACUAUCGGCUCUCUUUUCUUGUCGGAUGCUUGAAUUGGUUGGUUUUCCUCGCCGGCUCGACGGUCGUCCACGCGAACGCAACGGAGACCGAUGUCACCCCCAGAAUCUUAUCGCGAUCUAAGAGAUACUUGAUUUUUCCGCAGGGUAGUAAUUUUCAGCCGAGUCGGCUCGUCAAAGUUUACGCUUCUAAAUUAAACUUGAUCGGCAGCGCCGGCCUCGACGGCAGGUCCUGCGUGAUGAGGGCGCUCUGCGAGGCGGGUCAGCGAGAACCUGCCCAUGUAGGCGCGGGAACCUUCGUUCAGGAGCUCCUCCAUGCAAUUUUCACAUUGCCGAGGGACGGUGCCAGAUUCGAGCGGACGGAGGACCGCGCUUACGAUCGCGCAUACGAGACGGGCGGCGACUGCGAACGGCUGUACCCCACGUGCCGGCACUCCAUUUACGACGUGGACUUUUGAAGAGGCUGCGGCAGAAGAGCCGCGACACAGACUCUCUCUUUUUCUUUUUUCUCUCUCUCUCUUUCUUUCUUUCUUUCUCACCGCGUCAUCCGGAAAGCCGCGUCGUCGCGGCGAAACUGCGGAGCGCAAAUCUGACGGGAAACUUUGCCUCGGCGAAGUUUUUCCUGGCACUGGGCCCGUUCCGCGGCGAUUUUUCUGCCUGACGUUUCGGUGUCGGCUUCGCGCCGAAUCAUAUUGCGGCGCAUCGGACUGACGACUGAUACCUAAAACGGCCAGCCUGUUGUGCGUUGUUGAUUACGUAUCGUUUAUUAUACGUUUCAAAUGCAAUUUUAUCGUUUAUUGAAAGCGAAUAGACUAGAUGAGAGAUCAAAUUUCGCGCAACGUGUCAAUUGUACAAAAUUUGAGCUCGUGUACGUAUGUCGCGCUUUAAAAAGAAUUAUUUGUUGUAAAAUACCUUUAGCUUAACGUAUUAAUUAAGUUAAUUUGUCAACCUAAUUAUACGUACAUUUGCCGUUGUAUGAGUAUAAGUAACAUGUAUGACAAUAAUAAUAAUAAUGACGAUAGCUUUGUUACGUGCACGUAAAAUUUUGUGAUACGUCAGAUGAUUACAAAAAAUAAUGUAUACGUACAUAUGGAAGCCAAUAUGAAAUA